AUGAAGCUUUCCCUGUUCGCUGCCUCGCUCCUGGCUGUUGCCGCCGUCAACGCCGCCUACAUUCCCCCCUAUGUCCAGUCCUCGACCGUCAACGCGUACGGACUUCCCACCACCACCGCCAGCUCUUCGGUCGCUGCUACGGCUAGCUCGGUCUACAAGUGCAUUCCCCUUACGACCGGAUAUCCCGUCUCGAGCUCCUCGGCUGCUUACUCUGCCUCUGCCUCCCCCUCCGGCUACGUCGCCUCGUCUUCAACUUCUUCCUCGGCCUCCACCUCUGGAUACGUUGCUUCUUCCUCGGCCUCCACCUCUGGAUAUGUUGCUUCUUCCUCGGCCUCCACCUCUGGAUAUGUUGCUUCUUCCUCGGCCUCCACCUCUGGAUACGUUGCUUCUUCCUCGGCUACUAUUGCUCCCGUUGUCACCACUACUACCGUUCCCGUUGUCACCACUACUACCGUUCCCGUUGUCACCACUACUACCGUUCCCGUUGUCACCACUACUACCGUUCCCGUUGUCACCACUACUACCGUUCCCGUUGUUACCACUACCACCGUUCCCGUUGUCACCACUACUACCGUUCCCGUUGUCACCACUACCACCGUUCCCGUUGUCACCACUACCACUGUCGUUCCCGUUGCCACCACCACCACCGCCGGCGCUCCUGGCCCUUAAGUGUCCCCACCAUCCAUGGCGCGCCAGUCCGACUCGCCGACCUCGAUUAUAAAGUCGAAUCAGUUCAACCCACUGCGAUCUUCAGUCCUUCAGUCUUUCUGUCUUGGAAGCGUUUCGAUUUGCAUCACAGAAUAUGUUCUCUAAGCUCCUUUCACUCUUCCCUGGCUUCGAUAUGGAUUUUAGUGCUCGUGGGGGAACCCCGAUCGACUAGCUCACUCUCCCCUGCCCUUUGUUAAUGCUCCAUCAUUAAAUUUUGCAACUUGUUCGCUUUUCUGGCCAAUUGCCUCAGCUGUCACUUUGAUGGAGGACGAUUUGAUUCGUAACUGCUGAUAUUUGACCGAGAGCCCA